UUUCCACAAAACCAUGCCUCCUCUAAGCUCUCUCCUCACUUUUCCAACAAUCCCUCCAUAUAAGGGCUCAUGCUGAGAUCAUAUGACCAAUAUGGUUCCUCUUGAUUCCUCACCCCUUUUAGGCGUUUUCAGCUACGGCGGUUGCAGCGGUGGCCGAGGCGGUUUCACGAAGGCAGAGAUGAUCAGAGAAGCAACAAUAAACAAUCAAGAUUCUAGUGGAGAAACAUGCUCCGUCUCCGAUCCAAUAGCAUACAUGUCCUCCCCUCAGGACAACAAAGACGAUGGAUCCGCAUCAAGGAACGCCGUCGUUUCUUGUAUUGACAUAGAAGAUAACAAAGAUAAAUCUUGGCUCCGCUUAGGUAUAGGACCUGAAGAAAACACCAACAACACGGCGUCGUAUAAGCUCCAACGUUGUUGUAGCAAAAACGCACGUGGGAGAGAAAACUCGUUAGAGCUCAGUUUGUUUACCUCAACCUCCACCGCGGCAGGAGCGUUUAGUAGUAGUGUAGAAGAUCACCGGCAGCCGCAGCAACCGCAGCAGCCUCCAUAUUGUCAUGAUCAAUUGCUAACGAUGCGCGGAGCGUCGUUGGUUUACAAUCAUCAAUUAACUCGGCCACAAACUUUGAUCAACGCCGCGUUUUCGUUUCCAUCUUCAACGCCAUGGAUACCUCAAUAUACGGCGCCAUGUAGACCAUCAUCAUUAGGAAUGAUGAGUGAGCGUAACGUUAUUAACAAUAACAAUGUUACACGGAGUUGUUGUGUGGAAGAGGGAGGAGCUGGACCAAGCUCGGAGUUUAGGGUUCUUGAUCCUCCAAGAAGACCACAUUCUGGUCUUUGGUUUCUUCUUCAAGCUUCACAAUUUCAGGAAAAGGAACCGUUUUUGCCUCAAGUUAAUAAACGCUACUUGAGAAUCAAAGACGGGAAAAUCACAGUUAGAUUGCUAAUUAAGUACCUUAUGAAGAAGCUUCAACUGGAUAGUGAAUCUGAGAUAGAGAUAAGAUGCAGAGGACAACAAUUAUCGCCGUUGUUGACGAUGCAGCAUGUAAGAGAUACAAUAUGGAGUCCAAAAUUAUCUUCCUCCCCGUCAUUCACCUCGCUUCGGGAUUCAUCAACUAGUGAUCAUGUCAUGGUUUUGCACUAUGGUAGGACUCCUUAAUGUUUAAUUUAUUUAAUAGUUUUGCUCUCCAUGUAACGAUCAUACACAAUUGUGUACCUAUCGAGUUUUCAAUAUCCAUCUUUUU